AUGUAACGUUUGUUUUAAAACAUUUACACAAAAGUGCACUUUAGAUAAUCAUUUACGAAUUCACACCGGACAGAAACCAUAUUCUUGUGAAAUCUGUAAUAAAUCAUUUAUUCAACGAAUUAGUUUAAUUAAACAUAAAAAGAAAGAUUGUGAAAAGGAAAAACUAAAACAAACGAAACAAGAAAGUUGUUACGUUGAAGAAAGUAAUUAUGUUGCUGAAAGUUUCACCGAUGAUUACGUUGAAGAAGAUUACAGCGAAGAAGAACCUACAACUGAAGUGGAACCUUCAAUUGAAAUGGAACCUACGAUUGAAGUAGAACCUACAAUUGAAGUGGCUGGAAAUACAACAGGAAACUAUAAUGAUGUUAAAUUAGAAGAAAUGAAGCCAGAAAUUGUUUUCGAAGAACAAAAACAAAUUUAUUCUGAAGAAAAACCUACAGAAGUAAACGAAAAACCUCAACAAGAAACUAUUUUCGUUGAACCUAAACCAAUUAAGGAAAAACCAUUUCCUUGUGAUAUUUGUGGUAAAAAAUUUAGUCUUCUAGGUGGUUUACUUGUACAUAAAAGACUUCAUACGGAUGCAAAACGUUUUUCAUGUGAUUAUUGUGAAAAAACCUUUACCCAACAAACCAGUUUGAUUAAUCAUCAACGAAAACAUACGGGAGAGAAACCAUUUUUAUGCGACAUUUGUGGUGAAAGUUUUGCGUAUCAAAUUAAUCAUUUUAAUCAUAAACAAAGACAUUUUGAAGAAAUUGAAUUUGAUAAUGAUAAAACAUUUAUGAAUCAAAAUUCUUUCUACAAUGGCAAACAAAUUUAUACCGGUAAAAAAUAUUUCCCUUGUGAUGCUUGUGAUAAAGUGUUUACUCAACAAAGUAAGUUAACCAGACAUUCACGAGUCCAUACGAAAAUUUUUUCGUGUACUUUUUGUAGUAAAACAUUCACCCGUCAUAGCAGUUUAGUUUAUCAUAAACGAAUUCAUUCUCCAGAAAUUCUUUCUUGUGAUAUGUGUGAUAAAACAUUUACUCGGGAAAGUAAUCUACGAGUACAUAAAAGAAUGCAUACUGGAGAAAAACCUUUUGCCUGUGAUGAAUGUGAUAAAGUAUUUACUCAUCAAAGUAGUUUUGUUUAUCAUAAACGAAAACAUCUUGGAGAAAAACCUUUUUCAUGCGAUGUUUGUAAUAAAACAUUUAUGUACGCUAAUCAUUUAGAUCAACAUAAGCGAAGUCACACGGGGGAACGACCAUUUUCAUGUGAUAUUUGUAAUAAAACAUUUGCAGCGAAAAGUGAUAUAGUUACACAUAAAAGGAUUCAUACUGGAGAUAGACCAUUUCCGUGUGAUUUUUGUGAUAAACGAUUCACUAUUAAAAAUAAUUUAACUAAACAUCGACGAAUUCAUACUGGAGUAAAACCGUUUGCAUGUGAUUUUUGUGAUAAGUCAUUUACACAAAAAAGUACUUUAGAAAAUCACAAACGAACACAUACCGGACAAAAACCAUUUGCUUGUGAUAUUUGUGAUGAAAAAUUUAUUCAACGAAUUAGUUUAACUAAACAUAAAUUAAUACAUACCGGGGAAAAAGAAAAAAAGAAACGCGGUUAAGGUUGAGUAAAACGAUACAGGUUAGGUUGGAGUGGCUGUCCUGGGGUGGGACACGCUUAGACCAUAGGGUAAGUUGUGAU